UGAUAGAAACACAGAAGAAGAAAGUAUUGACCCUUCUCUUGAACCCGGUAGUAAGCUGCUUCCUCCUGAACUGUCCUGACGAAGCUGCAGCACCUUACCCUGCAUUCGUUCUAACUUGUCUUCGCAGCAAGGUCCCACACCAUGUCCAUCCAGAAGAUCCACGCUCGAGAGAUCUUUGAUUCUCGUGGAAACCCCACUGUGGAGGUUGAUCUUUACACUGAUAAAGGCUUGUUCAGGGCUGCCGUACCAAGCGGUGCCUCUACUGGAAUCUAUGAAGCCUUGGAGCUUAGGGACAAUGACAAGUCUCGCUACCUUGGAAAAGGAGUCUCAAAGGCUGUAGAAAACAUCAAUUCCUCUAUUGCACCUGCACUUGUUGGCCAAGAUGUGUCUGUGGUUGAUCAAGAGAAAAUUGACCAGAUGAUGAUUGACCUGGAUGGCACAGAUAAUAAAUCCAAAUUUGGAGCGAAUGCCAUCCUGGGUGUGUCUCUGGCUGUUUGCAAAGCUGGUGCAGCAGAGAAAGGUGUUCCUCUGUAUCGUCAUAUUGCUGACCUUGCAGGAAACCCAGAUGUUAUCUUGCCUGUGCCGGCCUUCAACGUGAUCAAUGGCGGCUCUCAUGCAGGGAACAAGCUUGCCAUGCAGGAGUUCAUGAUCCUGCCCGUGGGUGCGAGCAGCUUCAAAGAGGCCAUGCGCAUUGGAGCAGAGGUCUACCACAAUCUCAAGAACGUCAUUAAGAAGAAAUAUGGUCAAGAUGCCACCAAUGUGGGUGAUGAAGGUGGCUUUGCUCCAAACAUCCUGGAGAAUCAGGAAGCUCUCGAGCUGAUAAAGGAGGCCAUUGCUAAAGCAGGAUACACAGAUGAGGUUGUGGUCGGUAUGGAUGUAGCAGCCUCCGAAUUCUACAGAGAUGGAAAAUACGACCUGGACUUCAAGUCUCCUGACGACCCGAGCCGUUACAUCACUCCUGACGAGCUGGCUGAUCUCUACAAGAGCUUUGUGAAGGAUUAUCCAGUGGUCUCCAUUGAGGACCCCUUUGACCAGGAUGACUGGGCAGCCUGGUCCAGCUUCACUGGCAGCACAGACAUCCAGAUUGUGGGAGACGAUCUCACGGUAACCAACCCUAAUCGCAUCAGUAAGGCAGUGGAGGAGAAGGCCUGCAACUGUCUGCUGCUAAAGGUCAAUCAGAUUGGCAGCGUCACUGAGUCCAUGAGAGCGUGUAAGAUGGCUCAGGAGAGCGGCUGGGGUGUGAUGGUCAGCCAUCGCUCUGGUGAAACCGAGGACACGUUCAUUGCAGAUCUGGUGGUCGGCCUUUGCACUGGACAGAUCAAGACUGGUGCCCCCUGUCGCUCUGAGCGUUUGGCCAAAUACAACCAGAUUCUCAGAAUCGAAGAGGAGCUGGGAGACGAGGCUCGUUUUGCUGGGAAAAACUUCAGAAACCCACUGGCCCAGUAAAAAAUGGAAGCAUUUCCUCCAUACGUGCAGAUGGCUUCAUACGCACAAAUGCAUAAUAACACAGGACAACAAUCAUGGUUAAUGUAGAGCUACUCUUACACUAACUGUAGUAAUGAGUUCAUCAAUAAAAAGCAUACUGUAGUAACUAAACCCUCUACUGUAUUCUGCUAUGUGGAGUAAACAAAAGAGCAGAACAAACUUCUAAAAUAUGUGUUGACUACAUUCAUACUGUAAUUAAAAACACUGCACUUGAAUCAAAGUUAAUAAAUGUUUUCUUAGAGACAGAA